AUGGCUUCCAAGGCGAGCGCGUGGGUUCUCCUCGUCGUUCGCCUGCUGGUGGCAGUCGUCGCUGGCUUGGCGCCGGUGGCGGCGGCGGCGGCGGCGGCGUUCGACGAGAACUACGUGGUGCAGUGGGGUGAAGAUGGUUAUCACCUUGUCAUCCGGGGCACGGAGGCUAAUACCACCAUGGAUCAGAGCUCUGGUGCCGGGUUCCGGUCCAAGUCCAUGUACGGAUCAGGGUUCUUCCACAUGAGGAUGAAGCUGCCGUCCGGCUACACGGCCGGCGUCGUCACAACCUUCUAUCUUAUCUCGCAGCCGGAAGAUGGGAACCGUGACGAGGUGGACUUCGAGUUCCUGGGCGACAAGGCCGGCGUGCCCAUCACCCUCCAAACCAACGUCUUCGUCAAUGGCCGCGGCGACAGGGAGCAGCGGCUGCACCUCUGGUUCGACCCCGCUGCCGACUUCCACGACUACAAGAUCCUCUGGAACCCAUACCAGCUCGUGAUGUUCGCAGACGACACGCCGGUCCGGGUGCUGCGGAACCUGACGGGCACCGUGCCGGGAUACCCGUUCCCGGCGAAGCAGACGAUGCUGAUCCGCGCGAGCAUGUGGGACGGCUCUGACUGGGCGACGGACGGCGGGCGGACCAAGGUGGACUGGUCCCAGGGGCCCUUCACGGCCGGCUACCAGGGCUUCGACGUCAGCGGCUGCGCCAACGGGAGCGCGACGCCGUGCCACUCGCCGGACCUCUGGUGGAACGGCGGCGAGUACCGGAACAUCACCGCGGAGCAGCAGGCGGCGUACGAGGACGUGAAGAGGAAUUACGUCAACUACGACUACUGCGCCGAUAAGGCCAGGUUCAAUAACACUGUACCCAUCGAGUGCAACUACGCUUGA